AUGGCGUCUCCGGCCAACUUACCCCACUACCUCACCUCCAAAUUCAAGAAAACCAAUUUAUUCUACUUGGCCAUGAUCGCCGUUUUAUGUUCUUUAUGUUAUAUGAUCGGAAUUUGGCAGCACGGCGGUUUAAAAGUCUCCUCCGCCACCAACUCGGCCUCAUCAUCGUCAUCGGUCGCCGGCGACGGAUUUUCCGUUCCCGAACUGUCAUGCAACUUGAGUGAAAACAACGCCGUAUCAAACAGCGUUGGCCGGAAGCAGCAGCCAUUGGCUUCCGUGACGCUUGACUUCGCCGCCCACCACAGCGCGGACGACCUCGUCGAGCUGCCGACGACGGAGGCGCGUGAGGAUCAGUUCUCCCCAUGCAAACCGGAGUUGUCCGAGUACACGCCGUGUGAAGACCAGAACCGGUCGCUGAAGUUCGACCGUGACAUGCUGGUGUACCGGGAGAGGCAUUGCCCGGAGAAGAGCGAGUUGCUCAAGUGCCGGAUUCCGGCGCCGUACGGGUACAAGACGCCGUUCCGGUGGCCGGAGAGCCGGGACAUGGUGUGGUACGCGAAUGUGCCACAUAAGCACCUGACGGUCGAGAAGGCGAACCAGAAUUGGGUCCGGUUCGAAGGUGACCGGUUCACUUUCCCGGGCGGUGGGACCAUGUUUCCACGUGGCGCUAAGGCCUACAUUGAUGACAUCGGCAAGCUGAUCAACCUCAAGGAUGGAUCUAUCAGGACGGCCGUUGACACCGGUUGCGGGGUUGCCAGUUGGGGUGCAUAUCUAUUCAAUAGAAACAUUAUAAGCAUAUCGAUUGCUCCUCGAGAUAAUAAUCAUGUAGCACAAGUUCAGUUUGCUCUUGAGCGCGGAGUUCCUGCAUUGAUUGGGGUAUUAGCCUCCAUUAGGCUACCAUACCCUUCAAGAGCUUUUGAUAUGGCUCAUUGUUCUAGAUGCCUUAUUCCAUGGGGAAAAUUCGAUGGGGUAUACUUAACAGAAAUUGAUAGAAUUUUACGUCCUGGAGGCUACUGGAUUCUUUCUGGACCUCCUAUAAACUGGGAAAAUCGUUGGAAGGGAUGGGAAAGAACACCUGAAGACUUGAAAGCGGAACAAGAUGGAAUUGAGGAUGUUGCAAAAAGCUUAUGCUGGAAGAAGGUGGCACAGAAGAAUGAUUUAGCCAUUUGGCAGAAGCCAACAAAUCAUAAGCACUGCAUUGUCAACAGGAAGGUGUUCAAGAAGCCCCAGUUCUGCAAAGCACAAGAUCCGGACAGAGCAUGGUACACAAAAAUGGAAACCUGCAUCACUCCUCUCCCUGAAGUGUCCGACAUUAAAGAAAUAGCUGGAGGACCCCUAGCAAAUUGGCCAGAGAGACUAACAGCCAUUCCUCCAAGAAUUGCGAGUGGAAGCUUAGAGGGUAUCACCGUAGAGACCUUUGAAGCAGAUACAAAGUUGUGGAAGAAGCGAGUCGCACAUUACAAGGCCGUAGAUUCUCAGUUAGGAGAGCAAGGAAGGUACAGAAACUUGCUUGACAUGAAUGCUCACUUGGGUGGAUUUGCUGCGGCUUUGGUUAAUGAUCCAGUAUGGGUAAUGAAUGUCGUUCCCGUGGAGGCGUCAGUGGAUACCCUUGGAGUCAUUUAUGAACGUGGGUUAAUCGGAACGUAUCAGAACUGGUGUGAAGCCAUGUCUACUUACCCCAGAACCUACGAUUUCAUUCAUGCUGACUCAGUUUUUAGCCUCUACGAUGGCAGGUGUGAAAUAGAAGACAUCCUAUUAGAAAUGGACAGGAUCUUACGGCCACAAGGUAGCAUUAUAAUCCGAGAUGAUGUCGAUGUAUUGGUAAACGUUAAAGCCGUCGUAGACAGACUUCAAUGGCAAUCCAGAAUGGCAGACCAUGAAGAUGGUCCUCAUGUGAGGGAAAAGCUUCUAGUUGCGGUUAAGGAGUAUUGGACAUCCCCUGCAACCAGUGAAGGUCAAUGA